AUGAGAGAUGAAAUUGCAACAACUGUUUUCUUUAUCACAAGACUGGUGAAAAAACAUGAUAAAUUGAGUAAGCAGCAAAUAGAAGACUUUGCAGAAAAGCUGAUGAUGAUCUUGUUUGAAACAUACAGAAGUCACUGGCACUCUGAUUGUCCUUCCAAAGGGCAAGCCUUCAGGUGUAUCAGGAUAAACAAUUUUCAGAAUAAGGAUCCCAUUCUAGAAAGGGCUUGUGCUGAAAGUAGUGUGGAUUUUUCUCACCUGGGACUUCCAAAGGAGAUGACCAUUUGGGUAGAUCCCUUUGAAGUGUGCUGUAGGUAUGGUGAGAAAAACCACCCAUUUACAAUUGCAUCUUUUAAAAGCAGAUGGGAAGGAUGGGAACUAUCUCAACGGAUCAGUCAUGCUGUUAAUAGAGCCACAGUAGACUACUCUUCUGGCACCUCCUCGGAUGAAGAAAGUUAUAGCAAUGAACCUCAGAUAAUUCCUAAGGUCAGCAACCCAAACAGUAUCUAUCAGGUUGAAAACUUAAAACAGCCCUUUCAAUCGUGGCUCCAGAUCCCUAGCAAAAAGAAUGUGACCGAUGGCCAAGUCAGCUUCCUAGGAAAUGCUUAUUAUGCAUCGCACAAGAGUUAUAGGACUGCUGCUGUGUUGGUAGGACACCGGGUGGACAGGUACCAUUGGGUCAACACAAACAGAUAA